AUGGCUAUGGCUAUUUCACCAUUUGCGUCUACGAAAGAGACUACUAACUAUGCAAGGUUAUGCCGCCUCCUAGUGGAUCUUGGAUCUCAGGUGCUUCGGUCCACUUUUGACACAAUACAUCCACCAGCGACUCUACAUACAGUUUUGGGAAGUACCUCAGUGCAUUACACCACAUUGCAAUCAUUGUACAAAGGGAGGAAGAAAGUGCUGAAUCCCACGCAAUGGGGAAAGUUGUACCCUUCUCACGCACCCGUGUCUUCUGCAGCCUUCGAUAUCACACUUCUAACGGUGCUUCUUAGAAAUAUCUGUGGUUUGGGCCCUCCUGCCAAUGGAUGGGAUCGUCUUCCCCUAGCUACAAACAUAAGCAUCGCAGAUGACAUCGCCAGAGUCAAGUAUUACAGGAACACUGUAUACGGCCAUGCUUCUCAAGCCUCUGUGGAUGACAGCAGUUUCAGUGCUUACUGGCACAAAAUACGAGAACCUUUGGUGAGACUGGGAGGAGCUCAUUUUAGAGCUGAUAUCGACAAUCUUGAGCACGACUGCAUGGAUCCAGAUAUCGAGGAGCAUUAUCGUGAACUGAUGAAACAAUGGAAGAAAGACGACGACAGCAUCAAAGACAAGCUUGAAGAAAUUGAAGGGUCUCUUGAGAAAAUGAUAGGCGAAAUGGUAAAGAUGGACAGCGAACUGAAAGAAGUGAAGGAAAAGCUGUGUACUUUGACAGCCUCAGUGGGAGAAAGCAAGGAUGAAGGUAUUUUUGAUCUAACUGAGCUUAUCAAUGGAAUUCGCCAGCUGUACAAGACUCGCGAGGGAUGGCUCUCACCAUUUCCAUGGUGUGGAGAGUUUCAGUUUUUUCUUGGCAAUAUUUUUACAAGGCUCAAAGUGGUCAGAAGAAAGAAAACGAGAGGAGAAAUCACUGACGUAUUUGUUGACAUGUCGUCAAUACUAGAACCGUAUGAAGAGUGUUCAGCGCCGAGAACAGUGUUGAUUGAAGGAGAACCUGGUAUGGGAAAAACCACCUAUUGUAAAAAGUACGCCUACGAUUGGGCAACAAAACAGCAAGAACCUCAGGGCUGCGGCUCAACAGCAUUUAAAGUGGUAUUGUUGUUGAAAUGUCGAGACAUCCAUUCUGACGUCUGGGAAGCCAUUAAUGAUCAGCUUCUGCCCCGAGACAUUGAUGAAGAAGUCAAACAACAAUUCUUUCAGUUUAUUCGUGAAAAUCAGUCCAGCAUUUUAUUGAUAUUGGAUGGAUUGGAUGAGUUACCGUCCAGUAAAUUGUCGAUGUUUUCCGAAUUAAUUGAAGGAAGAGUACUCCCCAGAUGCCACAUAGUUGCAACAGCAAGACACGAAGCUGGAAAAGAGGUGAGAAAAUGUUGUGAUGCGCUGCUUCAGAUCGAAGGAUUCACUGAAAAGCAUGUGAAAGGAUUUGUCACCAAGUACUUUAAAGAAAGGACGGAUUUAGCCACCAAGCUCUUGCAACGGAUGUCUCGAGAUAAAAACCUGAGAGAAAUAGCGGCCAAUCCUCUAAACACAGCACUUCUUUGCCUUUUAUGCGAAGAGUUUGAGGGCACACUCCCCGAAAGUAGAGCUCAACUGUACUUGGAUAUUGUUGAAUGUGUUUUGAGAAGAUAUAGAAAAAAGAAGGGACUAUUAGAAAAGAUCGAAGACCUGACAAACCAUUACAAACCGCAAUUGAAUCACCUUGGAAAGGUAGCGUUGAAUGGUUUACUUGACGAUAAGUUGGAUUUUAAUGAAAGUGAAUUGAGAAACCAUGCAAAAGACCUGACUGAAUUUGGAUUUCUGUCAGUGCAGCCUGGUGGCAGCAAACUAAGACAAAUACUGCAUUAUACCUUCUUACAUAAAAGUUUUCAGGAAUUCUUUGCAGCAUUCUUCAUUUGUUCUCAGAUUCAAAGCAAGGAAAUGAAACCUGAAGAACUAGUUUCCGAUCCAAAGUAUUUCGUUAAACUUAAACAAAUACUUUUGUUUUCGUGUGGAAUUUUGGCCAUGAAAUGCGAUGAACAAGUUGUGGCUCUUGUAAAGAGUUUAACAAAUGAAGUCAACAAAAAUGAAGGCCGUGGUGUAAAAAUUGUAUUGGAGGCCAUCAACGAAUGCAAAAGAGAAAAAAGUGAUUUUCACUCGCAUUUAUCGAAGUCGUUUGGAACUGGUUUGAACCUGACCAAUUUGGAUUUGCCAAACAAUGGUAUUAGUGAUGCGGGUGCUACAUGUAUUGCUGAGGCAAUCAAAGUGAACAAGACGCUAACCGAUUUGGAUUUGUCAGGUAAUCGUAUUAGUGAUGCGGGUGCUACAUGUAUUGCUGAGGCAAUCAAAGUGAACAAGACGCUAACCGAUUUGGAUUUGUCAUGUAAUCGUAUUAGUGAUGCGGGUGCUACAUGUAUUGCUGAGGCAAUCAAAGUGAACAAGACGCUAACCGAUUUGGAUUUGUCAGGUAAUCGUAUUAGUGAUGCGGGUGUUACAUGUAUUGCUGAGGCACUCAAUGUGAACAAGACGCUAACCGUUUUUUAUUGGUUUUAACAACUUAAACAACUUUGAAGUAAAAGGGCACUGCCUUUAAGUAGGCAGGUACCCUUGAAAAUUGAGGGCCGAAGGCCCGAACCUCUAGGGGUCGUUGGUUUGGUGACUACGCAAAUAUUAAUAUGUGAAAAUCAGAUUAUAUGAAGACUUGAAAUUCUAUUAGGAACGAUUGUGGCCGCUUUGUUAAAAAUCAAAUGCAAUGGCCGCUUUGUUUAAAACAAAAGAUAUCAAGAAACGGGCAAGGAAUAUUUAAUAGAUAAUUAUUGCGGCAGUCAGCGUUAUGAGAUAUAUUGCAGCCAACUGAGGGCUUAGUCUGCCUAAUGACUUCUGCCCAUCCCACCUCCAGCCAACAAAAACUUUUUUCCGAUCCCCAUCACUACGAAUGCACAAGUUUUCUUAUCACACA